GAGCGGCUCGACGAAUAGGAAUACUCGUACUAUUUAUCAGCAUUACAUCGUUAUUGGUUCCUUUCUGGCACUUCCUCUCUGUUUCGAUAUGGGAUAAUCGAAAAAAGAAAAGGGAAAAACCCUUUCUCUAUCGCAUUUGAACCUGUGACUGUAACGGUCUUUCAUAUUCUGUUAGUUGUGUGUCGCUCGUUAUUUCAUUCUGUACAAUUAUGCAAGUAUCUAUGAUAUUUUAAUCAGAUUAAAUAAUUUGAUUGUUCUUUAAUUCACGCUACUAUCAAACGAGUGUAUGUAAAACAGACUGAUUUUUUGCACAACCAUCCACUUUGAGAGACGACGAGGUUACAAUAGUAAAAAGCACAAAUGGAUGAAACAGAUCAAAAUGAAAAUCUAAAUAUGAACAAUAAGGGCAACAAUCAAGAAAAGAAUGGCAGUUGGCCACAGUUGCAUUCACUUGUAGAGCAUUCUUUCGAUCCAAGUUUCGACAGAUAUGUAACCAGACAUAAUGGAGAGGAAAUACCAAUAUACAGGAGCAGUCAUCUUGCUAAUAGGGCUUUUGAUAUCAUAAAUGAAAUGCAAAAGAUAAAUAUGAUGAGUGACGUAACCUUGGUGACUGAUGAUGGGUUGGAAAUAACAGCUCAUAAAAUGAUCUUAAGCGCAUGCAGUCCUUAUUUUUACGCAAUGUUUGGGAACUUUGGUAAAAAUGAAGAGAACCGUAUCAUGCUUAAUGGAAUAAAUCAUGCUAUUCUGAAGCUUUUGAUCAAUUUUAUAUAUUCCACCCAAAUUCACAUAACCGAAUGUAACGUACAGUCUUUACUGGCAGUUGCGAAUCUCCUACAACUAACUGUUGCCGUCAAUGCAUGUAGUGACUUUCUCUUGAGACAAUUACAUCCUUCCAACUGUCUGGGAAUAAGAGCAUUUGCUAAUCAAUAUGACUGUUUUGAACUUCUCGCUCAAACAAAUGGUUACAUUGAGCAUUAUUUCUCAGAUGUUAUACAGUAUGAAGAGUUUCUUUCAUUGCCUGCACAAACACUACUGAAACUUAUUUCUAAUGACCGUCUUGCAGUUCCUUCUGAGGAAAUCGUGUUCGAUUCCGUGAUAUUGUGGAUUAAUCAUGACAAAGAGAAGAGAGAGGAAUGUCUAACAUUAUUAAUUGAACAAGUACGGCUACCGCUGAUGUCCCACAAGUAUCUGUUGGAAAGAGUGUGGGAAGAGAAGAUGAUCAAAGCGAGUUCACAGUUUCAAGACUACUUGAUAGAAGCUUUGAAAUAUCAGUUAUUCAAAGAAGCAGGAGAAUCUCUGUUUGAGACAUCAAGGACCAAAUCUAGAGUACCUCACGAGCUACCAAAAUUGCUAGUAGUAGUUGGUGGUAGUUUACCAAAAGCUGCUAAAAGUGUAGAAUGCUUUGAUUUUCGGACAAAGAAAUGGUACCCAUUGGCGGAUUUGCCAACAGAAUUCAUCAGGGGUGGAAUAGCCCUUUUCGAAGAUAAAAUAUAUACAGUGGGAGGCUGUACCUUAAAUAAAACACCACUAACAAAGAUGAAUGUUUAUGAUCCAGCUACCGACCAAUGGUCAGCUGGUAAAGAAAUGAGGAUUAAACGUACGGAUCUGGGCGUUGCUUUGCUUGAUAAUGCCAUUUAUGCUAUCGGUGGAAUGAAUCCGAGUGUAUUCAAUAACUCAUGUGACGCAUUUGAUCCAAAAACACAAAAGUGGAAUGGAAUAACACCAAUGCCCAAAAUUUGCACCGGCUUCGCAGUAGCCGUAUUGAAUGGCUUGUUGUAUGUUGUUGGAGGCUACUGUAGCGAACGGAGAUGCCAUUUAUCCAGCGUACUGUGUUACGAUUAUGAAACUGGAAAGUGGAAUUCUAUAAAUGAUACAAAUUUUAAUAGGUAUAAUGCUGGUGCAGGUGUUUUAAAUGGGACCCUGUAUGUUGUCGGAGGUCAAAACGGGGGAGGUGUUUUAAAAAGUGUUGAAGCUUUUGACCCACAAACUAAGAAGUGGCAACAAGUGAAGGAUAUGCCUGAGGGUCGCGAACAUGUUGCUGUGGUGGGAUUUGGUAAGCACCUCUAUGUGGUUGGAGGGAACGAUGGUGAAAAGUAUUUUACAUCGGUUAAUGUGUACUGCCCUAAAAGCGAUACCUGGGAAGUUCUGUCAAGUUCUAUGAGCAUUGAACGAGGUUCAACGUCUGUUGCCAUCAUCAAUAAACCUUAUAACUACAUUUAAUUUUUUCUAAUCACGGAUAUAUAGGUCGGAAGCGUAUAAGUGCAUGCGAAUACAUUACAUAUAUAUAUUUUUUUAAUUAUAUUAUUUUUCUUUUUCUUUUGAAAAAAACGAUCGAAAAAAAAGAAUGGAUAAUAUACGUUGUCUGAAUAAGGGUUUGAAGAUAUGGUUACUGCAAGACAUAAGUAUUAAAAGAGGAAUAUGUAUUUUCUACUCAUUAGUUUUCCACGAAAUAUAUAGCUUGUGUGCCAAAUAAUAUUUAAACUUUGUGUGUUUGUUACAUAUGAUGAUUAAAUAGGGAUAUAACUUUUUUACAUUUUUAUAUUGUAUAGCUAAUCAGUAAUUUGUAGUUCAUUUUAAGUUAUUAAACGAUCAAAAUACCUGGAAAGUUUCUUCUGGUUUCUGAAACAAAAUUUCACGAAUAAUAUUGUUUAUGUUGAAAUAAGAGUACACUAGCGACUUGAGCAAAUGCAAAUCUUAUAAACCAACAAAUAUGUAAUUCGCUAACAAAUUGGAAAGAAUACAAAAUAAAAGUUGAUGAGUAUUACAUAUUGAAAAAAA